UUGAGUAAAUAAUAGAAUCAAAUAUAUAUUAAUGCAGAAACGUUCGUAACUAUUAGUUUGAUUUUUGAUUACUCCGUUGAGAGGAAUUAAUUCUCCACGAUGACUUUCACUACGUCGGCUAUCGCAUUCAUAUUCUACGGUGCAUUACUGCAGGUCGCCCGCUGCAAUGUAUUAAACCCUCCUUACUACAGUUCGAACCCAUCCAUUGCAGCUCAACAGGCCCUCCAAAAUAACGCUGCCUAUCAAGCUAUGAAGAAUAACCCAGCCCUUAAUCCGGAUAUUAUUCAGAAUAAUCCUUUGUUUAAUUACAAAAGUAUCUUAGAUUACCCUCCAUAUGCUCUCUACUGCGAUUGUGACUGUUCUCCAUACCUUAAUCAAUACACCGUCAACCAAAUCAAUCAAAUCGCCGAUCAGUAUAAUCAGAGACCCUGUGAUCUGCAACAACUGUAUUUAAUUAUCGAUUCCACCAUGCCUGAUUUGCCAGAAUCGUGGCGUAUGAAUAUGAUCGAAAGCUUGGCCAAAGGUCUUUAUGAUGAACAAGCACGCAGACAAUUGGCUUACCUUCCAGAAUACCCUUCAUUCUGUAACAAUAUUUAUCCGGACGCUAUGCAUACUAUGCCUAUUCUUACUAAACGAUCUCCGAACCCUGAUGUAUCACCAGCUUAUGUACCUCCAUCCAGCAUUAACCCAAUGGCAUAUUAUUACAAUUUGAAUUACUUGAUGGAUAAAAUCAUGCCUGAUAUUUCACCCCAAUUCAAACAAAAUAUCAAAGACGCUGUUUACAUGAACACCACGCCGGAAGAAUUGGGACAAGCUCCUGAACUGAUUAGACGAUUAACUAGUAACUUACGAGUUACCGUUUCUCAAAUGUACGAUUACCUUCCAACACUUUAUUAAGCGAUGUAUAAUUACGCCAGAAUCGUCACGAAACUAGUACCUACCAUUUCAACGAACCAACGAAAUCCGUGAAUUGAAUUGUAAUUUAACCAAAUAAACGUUUCAGUCCCCAA